GCCUUGGCGCCCAUUUCCUGGAAUUCAGGACCCCAGACCUUCCCGGCGGCUACACCCUAGAAAACUCCCAGGGUCGGACUGAGAGAGGGGGAAAAAGACCAACUGAUUGAAAACAGAUUCCUGGGGAGGAAGUAUUCCAGGCUGGCGUGAGACAACUGCCUGCAGCCUCUGGCUCCAUCCCACCCAUUCCCCAGCCCUGACGCAAGGCUGGCUGGAGCAAGGCUUUCUUCCUGGCUUCGGCAAGCCAAGGGCCCUGCUGGCAGGAGAUGAAGCUUCUGCCAUUGCUACCUGGGUGCCAGAGUCUGCACUGAACUUCAAACACGGACAGUCAGACUACAGGCCCUCAUGCUAACUGCUCCCAUCCACGUUGACUUCUUGUCUCAGAGGGAUUGUCCCUGCUUCCCAGGUUUGAAGCUGGCUCCACAAGGGACACGGUGACAUGAGGGGCACCCCGCUGACCCAUCUUCUGGCCAUCUCCUUCCUUUGCCUACUCUCAAUGGUGUGGGCCCAGCUGUGUCCAACAUCCUGUACUUGUCCGUGGACACCACCCCAGUGCCCACUGGGGGUGCCCCUGGUGCUGGAUGGCUGUGGCUGCUGUCAAGUGUGUGCGCGGCGGCUGGGAGAGUCCUGUGACCGUCUGCAUGUCUGCGACUCCAGCCAGGGCCUGGUUUGUCAGCCUGGGGCAAGCCCUGGUGGCCAGGAGGCCACGUGCCUCUUGGAAGAGGAGGAUGGAGGCUGUGAGGUGAACGGACGCAGGUACCUGGACGGGGAGACCUUCCGGCCCAACUGCAGGGUCCUGUGCCGCUGCAAUGAUGGUGGCUUCACCUGCCUGCCACUGUGCAGUGAGGAUGUUCGUCUGCCCAGCUGGGACUGCCCACGCCCCAGGAGAGUGGAGGUGCCUGGUAGGUGCUGUCCCGAGUGGGUGUGUGACCAGGGAGUGAUGCCCAGGACCCAGCCUUACACCGCCCAAGGAUACCAACUUUCUGUCACUCCUGCAUCUGCUGAUGUCCCCUGUCCAAAUAUUAGCACAGCCUGGGGCCCGUGCUCAACCACCUGUGGGCUGGGUAUAGCCACUCGAGUUUCCAACCAGAACCGAUUCUGCCAACUGGAGAUCCAGCGCCGCCUGUGCCUGCCCAGACCCUGCCUGACAGCCAGGAGUCACAGCUCAUGGAACAGUGCCUUCUAGAGCCACCUGGGGACGAGAUACAGAGCCUGCCAUUCUCAGUGGGUGGCCCUAGGACUUGGCCCUGGGCUGAUGGUGCAAAUCUCCUUCCAUGCUCUUGCUGCAGUUAACUGUCCUGGUGUGUUCACUGUCCAGGGCCACUGAGGAAUGCCUGCUCUGUCUGAGGUAGAUGAAGCACAUGAUCAGCUCCAUUUUCUAAUUCAGCCUGGGAUUCUGAUCCAGGCUUCUGGGUUCUCCUGGCUAGUUCCUUAUUAAACAUGCACAGUAUGAAAAAAAAAACACCAAAAGGAUCUUUUCAGCUAAGCUGAGCUGUGCAAGCCUGGCCACUAUGCUGGAGAUAAUGGGGAUGAGGAGGUGCCAGGCAUCAGAUUGCCUGAAACUCCCAAUCCCUUCUGGGACUUCUGUGCACUUGUUCCCAAAGUCAAGAUUAUAGGUGGACUCAUGGGCCUGGCUUCCCUGGUCUGAGAAUACCCUGCCUGCCCAGGGAGAAUUCAGUGGCAGAAUUCUCUGUGAACAUGAAGAGGUGAAAUCAUGCUGCCCCGAGGAGUAUCUGCAGGACCCAUGAACUUCACUCUAUUCGUAAGAACACACGUUUCUUAAGCACCAGACCAGCAGGAGGUUCACGGCUCCACACUCCUGGCAGACCAGGGCUUUCCAGCACGAGGAAGACAAGGGACAGCAGAGUGUCCUCUGAAGGGCAGGAUCAACCUGGGAUAAACAGCCCAACCACGUGUGGAAUUUUGUUUGGUGUCCUGUGUUUUCAUGUCAAAACAAAACCAAAACCAAAACAAACAAAACCCCCACCUAAAUAUAAAAUUUACAUCCUC